GAAACUAAGAUGGAUAACAGCAGAGGUUGAUAGUAAAAGUAGAGGCCUACCUGAUAAUGUUGAUGGUUUCUAUCACUUUUUCUUUUUAAACUUGCUCUAACAUGGACAGCGCAACCAUUAAAGACUCUUCUACUUUGAAGAGGAAUACUCGAAGUUAUGCUGGAAAAUCUCUUUGUUGUAAGUUGUUUAAGAAAUUAUGUCCCGAUGAUAAAUUUGGAGAAGGUGAGCACUAUAAACAAGUAAAUGAAUGGAGUCAACGCUGGCAGAGACCUUUAUUUUCUGUAGACACAGCAGGACGCAUUGUAGAAACUCGAGCUCAAAGAAGAGAAGUGACCCUUACUCUCCCAAAAAAAAAAAAAUUUUCCUCCGCAGAGCUUAGUAGCGAAAGUAGCUUGUCGAGCCCCGAAAAAGAAGAAGUAAUAAAAAGGAUGAGCGCCACUCACGCUGAAGACUCCUUUUUAGAAUCAUUUCUCGACAACCCCGUUGUUAAUCCUGCAUCCGCGUCGCUUUCCAGGCUUCCACUAACACCGUCGAAGUCCAAACGAAUUAAGUGGAGCAGAGAGGAAGUGCAAGGGCUUAUAAGUGGCAUUAAAAUCUACGGAAUUGGCCGAUGGGCAGCCAUCGAAAAUUACAUUAAGGGCAUAAUUAAAGGAUUUACUCGAUCUCAAACUAACAUUAAAGACAAAUGGCGAGGAUUGUGUGCUAAAAAAGAUCCCAUAUGCUUAGAGGUUUUUAAAUUUUUCAAAGAAAGAGAGAAUGAAAAGAGAAUGGAGGAAGAAGAGCGUUUGCUACGAGUAAGCCGACAAAGAAACCAAACAGCUCAUAUUGUUCAGUAA